AUGGCCGUCCUCGGCAAGCGCAAAGCCCGCCCCCCUCCCAACGAGCCGCCCGCGUCGGAGCAGCAAGAUAUCCAAGACGUCUUUCGCCGACACUUUGAGUCGCGCUUUGAGCCUCUGCGGCUGCAAACGCCGCUCCAUAGACCUCGAGACGGCGGCGGCGGCGUUGGCGACAGUGAUGGCGGCGAGGAUGCAGAGUCGGAGUGGGGAGGCCUGUCCGACGACGACGACGACGACGAUGAUGCUUCCGACGAUGACCAAGAAACAGGCGCGAUAGAACACGCUCCGGCCGUCGAGGUGGUGGACUACUCGGUAUCGCAGACGCCUUCCUCACCGUCGGCAGCAAUGUCCAAGCGCGAGUUCAAGGCCUUCAUGUCCUCGCGCCCCCCCGACCAAGCCGCCAAAGCCGAAGCCACAACCACCGGCGGCACAUCGACACCCUCCUCCUCCUCCUCCACCAUCCCCGAAGACGCCCCCUCCCUCCUCGCCCAAGACCUCGAACUCCGCCGCCUCCUCGCCGAAUCGCACCUCCUCUCCCCCCACCCGUCCGUCUCCACCCCCAGCGCCACCACCACCGCGACGCCAAAGUCCUUCACCGCCGGCCGCACCCGGCACAAGGCCACCGACCUGCGCAUCCAGGCCCUCGGCUCCAACAUCUCCAUCCUCAAGCAGGACAAGAUGCCCAUGAACAUGCGCAAGGGCAUCGUCGGCGCCGCCGCCAGCCGCGAGGCCAAGCGCAGGCGCGAGGCCCGGGAGAAUGGCGUCAUUCUCGAGAGAGAAUUGGGCAAGAAGAUGAGGAGGAAUCGCGCGAGAGAUGGGGCCGUAGACCGCCCGGGCGUCGGCAGGCUCAAGGGCGCCGAGCUGCGCUUGAGCGAGCGCGACGUCAAGAGCAUCGAGGGAGGCCGAGACACCUUUGGAAGAAGGGGAGCGAGGGGGAGAUGA